GUGUCAGUGAGUGAUGUGUAUCCUUGGGAUUGGUCCACAGGUAGAGGUGCAGAGUCUUGAACACAGAGCCCUCCCUGUUGAACAUAAACCAGGCUACGACAUCUUAACCACUGACACACUUCACCUCCUAACCAUUCAUCCUGGACUGCCUCUCUGCUCUGCUCUCCAUCCACUGUCCUCCACAGUAUACAGUCUCAUCUGCCACAAUUGCUGUUUACCAGCUUACCUGACCCAGCUCUACAACAGACAGGACAGGACUGAGGAGGAUGAGCAACAUGGCCACGGAGAUCGUUGCCUUCAUCCUGAACAUAUCUGGAUGGAUCCUGGUCUGUUCCACUUUGCCUACUGACUACUGGAAGGUGUCCUCCGUGGAUGGGACGGUCAUCACCACGGCGACCUUCUGGUCCAACCUGUGGAAGACCUGCGUCACGGAUUCCACAGGAGUGUCCAACUGUAAAGAUUUCCCCUCCAUGCUGGCUCUGGAUGUGUAUAUCCAAGUUUGUCGGGGCCUGAUGAUUGCGUCUGUGUGCCUGGGGUUCUUUGGAGCCACCCUGGCCCUGAUGGGAAUGAAGUGUACCAGGAUCGGAGGCUCAGAGAGCACCAAGGCCAGACUAACAGGCCUUUCAGGCCUUCACUUCAUACUCAAUGGGCUUUGCUCCUUGACUGCAUGCUCCCUGUACGCACACAGGAUCACAUCAGAGUUCUUUGACCCACUCUUUUUUGCUCAAAAGUUUGAGCUGGGCGCAGCGCUCUUCAUCGGCUGGUCUGGCUCGGUGCUCUGCAUUUCAGGAGGACUCAUAUUCUGCCUCUCCUUGUCAGAGGGCUUCAGUCGAGCAGAGUGCUCCUACAGUGUUGGUACGUCUAUGGUAACCAAGCGUCACAAACCCGGCAAGUCUGCCAACAGUUUCUACAAAUCGCCAGUUUCCACAGACCCCCGAGACCCAGCAGAACACUCAAGGCAGUUUGGAAAGAACGCCUAUGUGUGACAACGGACGGAACACUGGCAUUGCCAUAUGGUCAUAUGAGGUGACCGUGGACUGUUUGACCCUUGGGCUAAGCUUGUUGAGGUCACCUUUUCAUACCUCUUCAACCAGAACCCCAAUUCCUUAUUGAGACGGAGUCCUGUGUGAUUACAUUACCUAAGGAUGUGAUGUAGGCUACCUGCUUUUAUUUUCCUUAAUAUCACACUUCUUUCCAAUGCACUGUUCAUGGAGCAUGGUUUUUGAUAUCUUCUCUGCCAAAGGAGACUCCUUGCUGUCUCUGUGCCUCUGCUGUAUAACUGACUUGAACAAUGUCACCCCCUGUGGCACAAACAAUGCUGGGGGAGAUAAGCCCUGAAAUCAGCAAGAGGAAAUAGACAAGCUGUUGGCUCCUCUCUAAAACCACAUUAGGUAAUAGGCCUCUUCUGUCAACGGGCGAUAAACAAAAGAAGUCAGAUAAGCUUGUUUUCUUCACAGGGCAGGAAAUUCGGUUUGGCUAGGAUCACAGUAUGAACUCCCGGGUCACCUUGAAGGGACAAAUGAACGUGUGCUCUUCCAAAUCCAUUGUUGUUCAUUAGAUAUGCCUCAAGAACAAAUAUCAGGAAUAUGUGUCUGUUUGAGGUCAUCUAGAAACAUUACUCAAUUGGUUAAUUCCUGUACGUCUCCCAAUAUGUUGUAAUCAGUGGCAAUGUCAAUAAAUGUUUUUUUUU